CUAGUGACCUUGCUGGACAUAACAUAUUGAAGGUGUAUUUAAGAGUUAAUUCAAAAAUGUAAAUUAAAUGAAAAAUUGAAUAAAUAAAAAGAAUAUCACCAAUAAUUCGAAAAAAUUUUCAUUGAAUUUUAUUCAAUGAAUCGUGUCAAUAAAAUAUUGGAUGCAAGGAUAAAUGAUAAAUGAUAGGAUAGGUUAAAAUAGUUCUGAAAAAAACAGCUUAAAGUUAACGAUAUGGAUAAAUUAACAGUAAUUUCUGGAACACUGUUUCUUGCUGCUGAUAUUUUUGCUAUAGCUAGUCUUUCCAUGCCAGAUUGGAUCAUUACUGAUAUUGGUGGAGACACUAAAUUAGGAUUAAUGUGGUCAUGUAUGACAUUAUACAAUAGACCCCAAGUCUGUUACACUCCAGAUCUCCAACCUGAAUGGUUGAUUGCAUUAGCUUGUAUAUUUGUUGGGUGUAUUUUAAUAACUGUUACUAUCAUAUUACUUAUUUGUUCUCAUUGGGACCGACAUGUUAUUCCAUAUGCCAGAUGGGUUGGAUUUACAGCAAUGGUUCUAUUUUGUUUAGCAGCAGUAAUCUUUCCGAUGGGUUUUCAUGUAGAUGAAAUAGGGGGUCAACCAUACCAGCUACCUAAUUCUCACCAAGUUGGAAUAUCGUAUAUUUUAUUUGUUUUGGCCUUGUGGAUAACUGUUAUAUCUGAAUUAUUUGCUGGUAAAGUGUGUUUACCUCACUUUUAAAACUGUCAUAAUUUCAAAAAAAUCAGUGAUGUGUAUUAAAUUUUCGUUUUAAUCAAA